AUGGACAUCUACACGACAUCCUUUACCCAUCCACGCAGGUCGCGACACUUACAUUCCCCUUCCUCUUCCCUUGACAUCAACAAUGGCUCUCUCACUCAACAACAGAGUCAGGAGCCAUUUCCCUCGGCACACCAUUUCAGCCAUGCCCAGGCCAACAACACGACCGUUAUGUCAGAAGUAGACAGCGAAGCUUUGGAAAAACUCGCCGUCCUUGCGAUGACUAUGCACGGCGUCCACAUCUCCUACUUCAUUGCAGACCAAAACAGAGGGUGCAACUUUCAUAUCACCGGUGCUGCGCCUCAGCAACGGACAACAAUCAAAGUAGCGCGUUCUGAUAUCCUAGACUCUCCGAGCUCCAAGCCAUCCCUCAAGCCAGACGUUCGCCGGAGAUUGGAUGACAUCGCGUCUCAAACACUGGCUCACAUAGCUGUUGUUAACAGUCCAUUGUCACUCUCAAACAGGACGCCUCCGGACGGAAUCAGCAGCAAUGCCGGCUGGUCUGGGUUGGAAACCGAGCGUGUUUGCGAGCUUGUCGUCACCGGACACGGUGACGCAAUCGAGCUCGGACGCGUACGGCUGCUGGUGAUGCUCGAUGAAUUGAGCGGAUUGCAUAGUGAGUAUGUCGAGAUUGACCACAAGCUGCAUGCCGUCAUCGCCGGUCGCAAACGUCAAGUUCUGCAGUCUAUUCAGGAAGAGACCGCGACCAACGUAUACUACCCCUCUCCUCUGCAGGGACUUGUUGGCCCAGAUGUUGCCACUGCAACCGCAACUUCUCCUGUCCGUCAGAACCCCAACGUCAUUUGGAUCACAGGAGAAUUCUUUGGCGUUCAGCGAGCUAGGGACAUGUUGUGUAGCUUCGCUGCCAGCAAGAGCAAGUCGGUCAUCUCGAGGGACACGGCCAUAUUGCCUCGCAAGAUGGACUGGAUGGUCUUGGAACGCGCCGAGGAUUUGAAGUCGAUCAUGAGCGACAAUGCAACAUUCAUUCAAUUCCCCCCUAUUGGUAGUUCAACAAGUUUAAUCACUGUAUUCGGCGAUCAACGGGUCAAUGUCCAACGUACCAUUCGUUCCAUCAUGCAGCUGGCUUGCCAGUAUUAUGUUGCUUCAUUCUGGCUUUUACCGAUCCAAUUCAACGUGCUUUUACCUCCUACCACGCUUAAUGCUUCCCAAGUCACGACGCUUCUCAAGCAGAUAUCACUCGCGACCGGGGCAGAAGUGGUUUUCAAGAGCAUGUGCUUUGAGAUGUAUGGGCUAGAGUAUGAAGUUCGAGCGGCCGUCAAUAUGAUUCUAGACCUCGACAUCGUCAAGGCUUUCCAUCACGAGAUUCGGUUCCAAAUUGAACUUGCUAAUGAGCACCGGGAGUUCAUUAGUGGCAAGAAGAACGGCAAGAUCAACAAAAUCAUGCAGACCACCAAUGUGAAGAUCAAGUUCGAGACGUUCAACGAGCACAACUUCCUCAUCGACGUCUCAGGGACGGAUGCUUCUGUUCUACAGGGCCUCACGUUACUUCAGGAGGAAUUGCCGGCAGAGGUUUCCUUCCACGUUCCCGAGGGUUACCACAAGCGUAUCAUCGGUAUCGGAGGGCGGAACAUUCAACGCAUCAUGAAAAAGUAUGGGGUUUACGUCAAGUUUUCGAACGCCGAAGAAUUUGCGGCAUUAGGCGGAUACCACGACAACGAGGACAACGUGGUGGCUAGAACUCCCUCGAAGAAUGCUUCUAACUUGGAGAAUUUGAAGCAGUCUGUUAUGGAGAUCGUUAACCCCAAGGAUAAAGACUACGUGAAUGAGACCCUGUCGAUUCCCCGACGAUACCACAGGACCCUUUUGGGAGAGAAGGCUAUCUUUAUUCAUGAUAUCGAAGCAAAGACGAACUCCCGCGUUCGUUUCCCGGACAAGGAAACCGCCUCAGACGUCGUGACGAUCUUCGGCCCCGAAAGCCAGGUUCAAAUUGCUGCUGCUAUGCUUCUGGAACAUGUUCCCUUCGAAGCCGACAUGGCGGUUCCGCCCAACCCGGAGAUCUCUAAAGUAUGCGCUGCCCCAGAAUUUGCAGCCUUCGUUGAACGGAUCAAGAGGGAUUUCUCUGUGUCAAUUACUCCUAGCACCAAAUCCCUGGGAAGCGCCAAUGGGGCGCAGAGUACUUCAGAGGGCUUGGGAGAACAUUCAUUCAAAUUCCGCUGUCAGAGGAGCAACAGCGACUUCCUUAUCUCUGCUCGAGAGCUUCUUGAGCAGUUCCUUAUAGACCACAACAUCCACGUCUAUCCCUCCCCUACUGCCCACACUCAUAAACGCGGCGACUCUUUUGCUCAGGCAUUCCCUCACUUCGAUAGCAAAGUCCUGUCUACGGCAAGCAGGCGACAUGAAUCUGUGGAACUGAUUAGGUCCUCUGACAUUCUUGGCGAUCGGCGUCUCCGACUUGCCAAUUCCUCUCCUGACGUCAAAGCGUUGUUCAAUGCCCCUGCCUAUAUCUAUGAUCUGGAAGGAAGUGAAGACUCUCACUCUGCGUAUUCACAAGACUACUGGACGCCGCUGCCUCCCAUCGGGUCUGGGCUGGCCUCACGAGCUAGACAUACCGAAGAUGCCCUCAAGCGCGGCUCAGAUUCCCUGCUCGAGUCCAAAAUCAAAGAUCAUGUUAACAAGCCACGCUCCCUUCAGAACCGUGCACAGUCGCUUGACUUGACUCACUCCCUUUCGCGUUUUACCGAGCCGUCAUCGCGUUUACCUCAACCUGAGUCACCUACCACAUCAACGGGUGGCACUGGAGGGAACUCCAGUCCAACAUCCGCUAGUGCCCCGUCGUUCCCUAGCGUUUACGGGCCACGGUCAUCGGCGGUGAUUGGGACUUCUUCUCAACGGUCUUCGCGCAUUCAGGACGAUGAGACCGCUGACGAAGUCAGCAGAGUCAUGUCCAACCUUGGAUUGUGA